CCAUCAGAGCCAAUACGAAGCACUCCGGGAAACAUGGGAUCUGACUCUGGUUCCGAUCCCUACCCCGUGUCCGUUUCGUCCCUUCAUUUCCCCUCCGCAGAGCAGCAGUCCAUUUCUCAAACGCUAUCCGCGUUGCGACGAUCGGCACUCUCUGUCACCAACCGAUUGCGUUCCAUCGAAGCCGACGCAGCUUUUGUCCGCGAGGUUGCAGACCAUUACAACCUUCCUCUCAUCGCCAACGAAAGAUGUGGAAGCUGGUAUAUCCCGCCUGAAGUCAAGUCGGGCAGUGCGUAUUUCAAGAGUACAGACGGUCAUACGGGCCAGUGGGACUUCAGCUUCCGCAGACUAAACCUGCAGCUUUUACCGAUUGCAAGAGAGCAUGGGGGUUGCAUUAUAGUGGACUCGACGCGCCGGGGCAAAUUGAUGCCCGAUGCCCUGUCCAAGACUAUCCCGAUAUGGUGUGCCGUCAUUAAUCGGUCGUUGUUCCCUUCUGAGACUACCUAUCACGCUGUAGAAUUCCCACCAAACUAUUUGGGCGCUUCCGAAGAGUCACAGAUCGAGCGGAGGAUCGAUGGCUUCGUCAAGUCGCUUGAGGACCUGAAACUCGACCUGGGUGAACUCAGGGAGCAGCUUGGAAAACCCAUCCGGAUAGCAUGGGCUAAUCGAUCCUACUUCCAUCCGACGGAUCUGCAUAAAGGAGACAAUUAUCACCUGUUGGUCCUCUGUUCUGCAUCUAAAAGGGUCCAUGGCGCGGAGAUGUCCGAAGGCGGCUACAUCCAAGGAGCAGGGGAUGAUAGCGAGAGUUGGGCCUAUGGUUUGACUCCUCCGGUCUUUUGGGCUACCAGGUCAACCCUCUUCCAGCAGUCCGAGGAAGAUCUGCCGAUGGUAAUCGAGCAGUUGGUAGACGAGCACCGGAAGAAGGACAUCGACCAGAGAGCCAUCCGUAUUGCGCCCACACGAAACCUUUAUAUCAGCCAAACACACCCGCAACUGAUCAAGGACAGCGGUUAUGAUCUUGUCAUAGAUUGUAAUGCGAGUCUGGAGGCAGCGGAAGGUAACGCAAAGCGCCUGAACCUCGGAUGCGGAUCUUCCAAAUUGGGAAGCCGCGACCUACGCAAGCAUUUAGACCGAGUCCAGGAUUUUGUCCAGUCGCGUCUGAGCUCCGAUCCGUCGCAGUCCUUGCUGGUGACAUGUGAAACUGGAAAGGAUCUCUCUGUCGGUGCUGUUCUUGCCAUAUUAUGUCUAUUUUACAACGAGGAAGGCGAGCUCACUGCUGCACCCACCAACCAACCGAUUGGCAAGCAGUUCAUCCGGCAGCGUCUUGCCUGGAUCACAUCGUCCAAGCACGAUGUAAAUCCCUCGCGAUCUACGCUGCAAUCGGUCAAUGCCUUCCUUAUGCAACGCCCAGAUUACUGA